AUCUAUAAAUUCUUCCUCCAAUGAAAAUCGCUGUAACAUAAGUAUGCGAAAACUGACGUCAGAAAGAAUGGCUGCCUCCAUAGAUCAACAAACUAAUGCCAUUUGUGAUCGAUUUAAAAUCCAAUCGCUAACAGAAAAACAAUACAAAACUAUAACGGCUAUAGAAAAUGGAAAAGAUGUGUUUACGAGCACCAAAACCGGUAGUGGAAAAUCGCUAAGCUACGAAUACUUCCCAGUCCUGCACCCAGGAAAAUGCGUGUUGAUCAUAGCCCCCCUGAUUAGUAUUAUGAAAGAGCAGUGCGAAAAAUUGCAAAAUCUGGGCUUUAAGGCGUCAUACAUUGGAAAAGACUUACAAGAUACAGAUUUACUUGAACAGGGCUUGUAUGAUUUUGUGUUUGGAAGCCCCGAGGUCUUCCUCAAUAACAGCAAGUGGAGAACUAUAUUGAAGUCGGACAUCUACCAGAUUAAGUUGCAGUUAAUAGCAGUUGAUGAAGCUCAUACGGUUACACAAUGGGGAGAGGGAGACAAGGAAGAGGAGCCCUUCAGAGAGGCAUUUGCUCACAUUGGAGAAUUGAGAUCACUGUGCCCCAAAGCAUCUUUACUUGCCCUUACUGCAACAUCUGGGCCAAGUCAACGAAGGAAAAUUAUGAAAAUGUUAUGUUUUAGUGCAAACUCUGAAGUUAUAUUAGAUUCACCAGAUCGAGAAAAUAUUAAGUUAACAUCAUUGUGUAUUCCAAAUUCAGAUAAUUUAGAAAAAGUAUUCCAUUGGUUGAUUGAUAUAUUGAAGACCCAAAAGGCAAAAGCUGAGCGACACAUUAUUUUUUGUGAAAGUAUUGCAGAUGUUUCCAAGAUCUACACAACAUUUGUUAAACAUUUUGGCAAUGACUGUCAACAUUUUGAAAUGUUUCAUAGUAAAACAGAUGAGAAAGUGAAAGAAAUCAUUUCGAAGGACAUGAACGUAGAUGGUAAUAUUCGGGUGCUGAUCUGUACAAAUGCGGCUGGCAUGGGGGUGAAUUUCCACAAUGUACACCAUGUUAUCCAUUACAAACUACCUAGGAAAUUGGAUACAUUUGUUCAGCAGAUGGGGAGAGUAGGACGUGAUGGACAGUUCUCAGAUGAACUGAUAUUGUAUAAAACAAAUAAUAAUCACCUUAAAAAAGUGGAAAUUGAGAUGGUACGUUUGGCUAAAGAUGACAGUAAAUGUAGACAUGAAAUCCUUUGUGAAGCCUAUCUAUUACCUAGCAAGAAAAUAUUACCAUUACACGACUGCUGUGAUGUCUGUGAAAGUAAAUGCGAGUGUAAAAGUGAUCUUUGUCCUCGAACACAUGAAGGUGUAAGGAUAAAAAAAGAAGACAAUUCAUCAUCAGACCUUGAGGAUGAAAUGACAAGAUUUGUUAAUGACAGAGAGAAACAACUAAUUCAUGAUAAACUACUGUUCUAUAAAUCACAAAUGUCCACUGCUGAUUGUAUUGUGAAAUUUGAAGUACUACAUGGACUGACAAAUGAAGUUAUUCAAAAGAUAGUAACAAACAGUAAUUCAAUAUUUACACCUGAUGAUGUAAUGAGAAAAUAUCCAAUUUGGUCAAUGGAUACUGCUACUGCCGUUAGUGAAAUUAUUUCCGAUGUUGUUGGUGAUUUGGAUAUGUAUAAUUUAGCCGAAGACUCUGAAGUAGAGUCUGAUUGAUGUAUUAAAUAAAUAUGCAUAUCAAAUAAAUCUUGUGAACUUGGUUUA